UGGGAGGCCGUCAACGAGUGUUUCGACGCCAUGCCGCUGGCAGCAGUCAUCGACAACAAGAUAUUCUGCGUGCACGGCGGCAUCCCUCCCCCAACCAUCGACGGCGGGAAGAUAUCGGCCAUCAACCGAAUCCCGUGCCCGCUGCCGCGUCCCGAGACGCAGAGCCCGCUGGCCUGGGAGAUCAUGUGGAACGACCCCAUCAGUAUGGGCGCGGUCAGCUCUGAGACCCUGGACGAGCUGCGGGAAAACGACGGCUUUAUCGACAACUACCGUCGCGGCACCGCACACAUGUUCAGCAGCGAGGGCCUCGACCGGUUCCUGGCCCGCAACGAGCUCUCACACGUGGUGCGAGCGCACGAGGUGCAGCAGGCCGGCUUUCAGCUGCAGCAGAAGGGCCGCCUCCUGACUGUGUUCUCGUCGUCCCGCUACUGUGGCGGCUCGAACGAAGCCGCCUGUGUGCUGGCCGACUGCCACAAACUGCGUACUAUCCGGCUGGACACCGCCUGAGAGCGCCGCGGGUCACUCGGGGUCACCGUCAAGGUCAGACGAGGUCAGAGGUCAGCUGAGGUCACAGGGUCAUAUAGAAGGUCAGCGCAGACUGUUUGACGAUGGGGCAGGUUCGCCAAAGCUGUUGUUGGAGAGUGACAGUGAAGCGGGGCGAAGUGCGGACGCGUACCUGGUGACCCGGGAGGUCGCAGGUCAGCAGAGGUCAGUUGUGAAAGGUCAGAGGUCGGCUGGGUCGAGUGGCCAGCGCUGGCGGA